AUGCUCUCAUGCCUGUGCACGGACGCAGAAGCGGAUAAUCAUGAAGCUAACAUGGACACUCCCACGGCACACGGUGCAGAUCAAGGAGUGACUAUUCCGAGAGUCACAGCAAAAGUCGAUGAGGUGAACGCAAACGUGUACACCGUUACAUUUGAGAAAGGCCGCGGCCUGCAUGGCCUCCGCCUCUCCCAUGUGGAAGAUUUGCUGGUCAUCGAAGAUGUUGGUUCUGGCACUCUUUCUCAGUGGAACGAUUCCCAAAAGGAUGAUGCCACGGUGAUUCAACCCAUGGAUCGCGUGAUAGCUGUGAACAGCCAGAAGGGUUCUGCAGAGGAACUCAUGGACUUAGUCAACGAAGGAGGGACGAUCACCCUCAUGCUGGAGCAUCCCAGGUAUCUCUCUGUGGAGCUGAAGCGCAAGAAGGGGGACAAGAUGCUGGGUGUUGAGGUGACAACUCACGAAGGUGGUUUGGGCGUUGUAAUCCUGGGCGUCCAGGAUAAUGGCUUGUUCCCAACCUACAACAGCAACGCUGAGCCGGAGCUGCAGAUCAAGGCCUACUCCAGCAUCUAUGCCAUAAAUGGCAAGCGAUGGCCCAGUGUCACGCUGCUUCGCAUGUUGCAGAAGCUUGAUGAAUUCAAGAUCAGCAUGCGGACAUGGUCAUAG